UAUUCAUAACCCCCAAUGCUUAAUGUAUAAAUUUAUGACACAUUAUUGUGUUUUCUCAGAUUCAUUUCAUUAUUUGAUUGAUCAGAUUGUAUGUCAUCUUCAUAAAGUUAUAAUCCGUCUUGGAAACAUGGAUAGCUGAGCAGGAUCUUGUGUUGGCAUUGUGCAAUGCAGGAACGCAAGAGAAGUUAUGCAUAUAGAGUUUAUGCAGGAUAAUUAUGUCUUCCUGAUACUUUCUACCAAAACGCAAUGACUAUUACUGAAGAAAAAAUUACAGCAAUCAUGAUGAUGUCAAUAUUCAGUUCUUUUGAUGCUCUCUCUGCUGAGAUGUUUGGCCAAAAGGUGAACCGCUCUUGGGCACCGGCCAGUACUGAGAAGAAAGAACAAGAACAAGGGCUUUUGCCUCUUGUAUCCGAUCGCAAGAACGAGGCUUCUCCGCCGUCAACUUCUUCAACCGGUGGACUGAAGAAGGGCGAAGAGGCGACGGCGCGGUCAUCUUCGCGACCACAGCAGCAAAAGAGGCCGAGGUUUGCACUGGAAUUGGACGGCGUCCACUGUUUCGAAACCAUCCUUCCCUAUUGAUAUUCUUACAAUAAUUCCAAAAUUGAAAUUCUUUUUUUUUUUUGGGUUAAAAUUGAAAUUCUUUAUUCUUGUCUGGUUGUAAUUAACCAUGGGCAUGUAACCGUAAACUCCGUUGAUACAAUUUA